AUGCUGAAAAGGAUCAUUCGCAUUCGGUCAAUCGCUGCAUCCCAAUCGCAUGUAGCAUUGGGGCCAGGUGCAUCUCAGGAUCAACUACAGUUCAAUGGUAGUCUAAAUUCGGAUACAACAGUACAAUCACAGCAGCAUCUUCAUGCAGCAGACUGGUUCACAGGACAGUCAGAGUCGGCUUCCACAACGCCUGCCUCAUCCGCAAGCGCAGCUGCAGUUCGAUGGUUCGGAAUCCUAUCCAACGAAGCCCCAAAUGAAGAGUUUCUAGAGGCAGAAACGCUCCAUGGUGAUCUUCUUGAUACAUCUCCAGACGGUCGAGCUGACAGCGACAUCACUCCGUUACAGAGAGCAACAAGGGCCAUUGAUACACAGCCUGAGAUAUCCGACAGACGAAACAGUCGCACUUCGAAUAUUUCCGAGGAAAGCCUCUGGCAGGCUUCCGAGACCAGGACCUUCUCCACAAGAGUACCACAUCUCGCUGUGCGAAAUGCAGGUCUUCUCAACGCCAUCCUUGCACUAUCAAGCUACCACCGAUCCCUCGACGAAAGCAUCCCAUCCAAUCAGCGCCCAGACCAAAACAUUGCUUUGCAGUAUUACUACCAAACGUUACACUAUGUUCAAAAGGCAAUGCGGUACUCGACGUAUCAGAAUAGCCAGGAGCUAAUGGCCACGACACUCAUGGUGUCGACGUAUGAAAUGCUACGUGGAUCACGGCAGGACUGGCAGCAGCACCUCCAAGGUGUCUUUCGAAUAUUAAGAUCAAGACAGAUUGAAGUGGAGACAUCGAGUCUUGAGAGUACGACUUGGUGGGCUUGGUUACGACAAGAUAUAUGGGUUGCUUUUCGCGAGAAGAGGAGGACGUAUAGUACGUGGAUGCCCAAGAAAGGAUACGCAGAGCUAGAUAAUCAUGAACUUGCUUCAAGAGCUGUAUGGAUCAUGGCACAAGUCAUCAAUUUCUGUGCUGUUGACUCAUCGAUUGAGAUGGAAGAUGGCCUGGCAAGGAGAAUAGGCUGGGCAAAAGCGCUGAAGAACAUGUUGGGCGAAUGGCAGUCUCAUUUGACGGUUGAGUUUUCAGCGUUGCCAGCCAUGGGUCAGUAUGGGAUCGAAGUCUUCAAGCCGCAUCUCAUACAUCCACAAUGCUUCGGGCUUGCGGUGCAGCUUCACCAUUGCUCCCGGCUCCUUGUUACAGCUCACGAGCCACAUCUCGAUGGCAUACAAGGUCUGCUAAAGCGCCAGAAUGAUAUACAACAAAGCAUUGAUAUGGUCUGUGGAAUUGGCAUGACACUUACAGAAGACGCCUCUAGCAUGCUGUCCUCACAAUGUCUUUUUAUCGCUGGUAUGUUUAUGCAAAAUCCUCGCCAGAAGGAGGCUGUCUUGGAAAUGCUGGAUUCUUGUCAGAAGAGAUGCGGUUGGCCUACGCCUUCACUCGGGUCAGAGCUGGAACAGAUUUGGAAGAGUCCUGAUGCUCUUUGGGGUAGCCAUACUUGA